AGGCCUUAGUUCUGCUUGUACCGGUGGGAAGUAUACAUCAACUUCCCGCUCAGAGUCAGUAUCACGGGAACAGCAGUAGUCGUUGGGAGGUCGUUGCAACAUCGAACAGGAGGGAGAGGAGAAGAGACAAGUAGAAAAAAAGGGAGCUGCAAAAGGCAUCGUGUGCGCAGGCAGCACUGCGGUCUUCGGGGAGAGCUCGGGUUGCAGCGCACCCUAACGCGGACGACCUGCUUGGGGUCGGGGCGACCGUCGUGAGAACAGCAGGCCUAAAGGAUGAGCUACGCGUACCUGUUCAAGUACAUCAUCAUCGGAGAUACCGGUGUCGGCAAGUCAUGUUUGCUGCUGCAGUUCACCGACAAGCGGUUCCAGCCCGUGCACGACCUCACAAUCGGCGUAGAGUUCGGGGCGCGCAUGAUAAGCAUCGACAACCGACAGAUGAAGUUGCAGAUCUGGGACACGGCGGGGCAAGAGUCGUUCCGGUCCAUCACGCGAUCGUACUACCGGGGGGCGGCAGGGGCUUUGCUGGUAUACGACAUCACGCGCAGAGACACGUUCAACCACCUCACGCGCUGGCUUGAGGAGGCGAGGCAGAACUCCAACUCCAACAUGGUGAUCAUGUUGAUCGGGAACAAGUCUGACUUGACCAGCCGGAGGGCGGUAACGACCAAGGAAGGCGAGCAGUUUGCGGAAGAGAACGGUCUGAUUUUCUUGGAGACGAGCGCCAAGAUGGCCACGAACGUGGAGACGGCGUUCAUCAAGACGGCGGCCAAGAUCUACGACAACAUCCUCUCGGGCGUCUACGAUCCGACCAACGAGGCUCACGGCAUCAAGCUCGGGCCAGCGGCAUCGCUCAACUACAACAACGUAGCCCCCCCCGCCGACAAGAGCAGCUGCUGCUGA